AUGCUGCCUGCAGCAGUGGACUCCCACGUCGGAACGUACGUGUCGGAGGCGCCUGCGCAUCUGUUCAUGUAUGGCAACGGCCAAUGCGGCGAUGUGGGUCCGCUUGAAGCGGAUGGGGAGGUGCUUGAUACCAGCAGUGACAAUGAAGAGGUGCAGUACGCCGCGGCACUGCGUCUCUAUGAGGACUAUCCGGAGCCUCUUACCAGGGCGCAACGCGAGUUACUCUACCGGCACACUGCGACGAUGGUACAUCGGUUUGAAAUGUUGCGUAAAGGCACGCGCAUUGUUGAGCGAGGCUACAACAGUCUUAACUCCCUUCUCUCUCGGCUAGAAGAGGAGCGGACACGUCUGCAGGCCUCGCUGGAUGACUUGCUAAAGCAGGAGGAGGCAGAAAGUUUAGCUACAAGUCACUCCGAACCAACAAGGGCAAGUCGCACAGAGGACAAACCGCCUGCAAGCAGUAGACGCCCAGGUGGCCUGUUGCGUUCUGCGGCAUUUGCGAACAUGCACAGCAUCCUCAAUGCCGCGAAGCGUGAGGAGCAACAACGCCGGUCAAAUAUCACACUAGAACGGGAGAAAAUUGGCAAAACGACACGACUUAAAAUUAUUGACGAUGACCUUGCCGAGCAGAAGCAAUACCUUGCCCCACUCAUCGAGAAAUAUGAGAAGAGUCGUGCGCUCUUAGAGACGACAAAGGGCAAGGUCUUGGAGGCUCUGCGGCUUUACGACGAGAUGCGGCGGAUGGAGGUGCUGUAUGCGUCGCGCUUUUUUUUACGCGCGUCUGGUUCGGAAGGAGGCGAGGGGGUGGCGGAAACCGCGACGUAUGAUAUCUUUUUUGCCCCAGCGAAGUACACGGAUGAGGUGCAGGACAUGAUCCGCGAGCAGGUGGAGGAGAUGCUGGGUGAGUAUCUUGCCUACCGCUCCCGCGUUGACCCGGUUCUGGAGUCUCUUGCGGAGGAGCGGCGCAAUAGGGAGGCAAAGCGGGCAGAUCAGCUCCUGCAACUCAUUGGGGUUGACACAGAGAACAUUAAUGUAGCGGCAUCCACGGACUUGGGCUUUGCGACACCGCUGGUGACGACAGCCGCAAUUGGCGCGGCGCCUCUCGCGUUGAAAAAGAAAGAUGGAGCCGCCGCGGUGGCGGGACAAAUCAGUGAUACGGAAGAUGACAACGACGAUAAUGACACAGGGGGUGAGCCGCAGGAAAUGAAGCAGCGUGAUCAGAUUCAGUCCGCGCUCGCCGCUCUUGAUGACUUUGAGGAGCUCUACUGA